ACGAGCGUUGAUCCAUCCAAUACAAAACAAAAGCCAAUUAUCUUUGACUACGUUUUAUCAUUAUCUACGCUUAAUUGAUAUCAAACAAAUAUAUCGGACAAGUAAAUAAUAAAAGCAAUUAUAAUGUCUACCACAUUGGCGUUCAUUGUGUUGUGUAAAACAUUGCAACACUGAGUGUCGUUCGCGUCUCAAUAGUUUUAAUAUAAAAUGAAAACUUUAGUGUAUCAAUUGAAGAUAUAAACAACAAGAACUGAUUGUGUCAUCAUGGCAGAAAAACAAGAGCAUAUAGAAAAAAUGGAAGAAAAACCUUUACAUUUAGAGAAGGAACGACUAAAAUACAAAGACAAAAGUUUCACAGAAAAGCUAUGGCAUAUAAAGGAUAACAUUACUGUUGAACCCUUACUAGCUGGCAUGAUUAUACCCAGUGUGAUAUCUCGCUUUGCGAUGGCCAAUUUUAAUUUAGAUAAAGCCUGCAGAGUCUACUUUGAAUUCGAAGACCACAUUUGCAAUGCUUUGGUCAAGAAGAAUUCUAAUAACUACUCAGUCUAUGAAAAAGAAGUACAAAAAUUAAUAUCUUCUAUAGACAUCUGGAAAAGCAUUAUUCACACAGGGCUACCUUUUAUAAUGAUAAUGUUUCUGGGGGCAUGGAGUGACAGAACUGGAAAGAGAAAACUCUGCAUUUUACUACCAAUCUUUGGUGAAGUAUUAACGUCGUUAAAUAAUUUGGUGAAUGUUUAUUUCUUCUAUGAAAUCCCCGUUCACAUAACAGUGUUUUUGGAGACGUUCUUCACAGCAAUAACGGGAGGUUGGGUGACAAUGUUUUUAGGUGUGUUCAGUUAUAUCACAGACGUAACAACAGAGGAAUAUCGGACCUUCAGAGUGGGUCUCGUGAACAUUGGAAUGACCGUGGGACUGCCUAUUGGAAUCGGUAUGAGUGGAUACCUGUUGAAAGUGGAGUUGGGGUACUACGGCAUUUUUUCAUUGACAACAGUCCUGUUUAUUGCUGUACUUCUUUACGGAUGCUAUAGUUUGCAAGAACCUGACGAAUGGCUUAAAGAACGAGGGAUGCCUAUUAUAGAGCGUGGCAACAGCAAAGGAGUUUCGUUUUUCGAUGUCACUCACGUAGUGGAUACAAUGAGAGUGGCGUUCCGGAAGCGGCCCGCAAAUCGACGGGUCAAAGUGAUCCUCACCCUGGUCGCCGUGUUCAUAUUAUUCGGGCCAUCCAUGUCGGAGUUCAAUGUGUUCUACCUGUUUGUGAGGAACCAGCUAAACUGGACUCCAGCAAAAUACUCCUUCUUCACCAGCUACUCAAUAAUUCUUCACUCUAUCGGUACCAUGUUCUCAAUAACUGUACUGAGCAGAAAAAUGCAGAUUGACGACUCCCUGCUCUGCCUCUUUUCUGUAUCCAGCAAACUGUUAGGCUCCAUCUGGACAGCAUUUGUUAAAAGUGACCUGGAAAUGUACCUAAUACCAGUUGUAGAGCUGCUAACGGGUACCAUAUUUACUUCAUUACGAUCAAUUAUCUCAAAAUUAGUUGACAAACAAGAAACCGCAAAAGUAAAUUCCCUUUUCUCUCUGACGGAGACACUGGCGUCGCUGAUAUUCCACCCCAUUUACUCCUGGCUGUACAUGAACACUCUGCAAGUUAUGCCUGGAGCCGUGUUCCUCACUAGUGCCUUCCUCAUUUUGCCUGCUUCCGCCAUACUUAUAUACUUUUUUACACAACAUCGAGUAAACUUGAAGAAUGCAAGAAAGAAAGCUUUAGAAGCGGAGGGCAAGAAAGAAAAUGAAGUCACAAAAGCGCCUGAGAAGUCACCACUACCAGAAAUUGAACCUCCUUUCGAUUCAACGCGGUUAUAAACGGAUUAAUAUCGAAAGAUUGAAAUGCUAAGGCUGGUUUGCCACUACACCGUGCCGUGCUGUUUAGAUGCUCUGAAAAAACUACGAGUAUGAUGCUAAAUGUGUGAAUAUAAUAAUUGAGAGAACGUCUCAGAUGUUCACAGUGUCUCGGAUCAAACUUUUUAUUGUUUUAAGUCGCAGCACUUAUAAACAGCUAAUAUUCCACCUGUGUGCAAUAUCAUAUGCUUAGUAUAAAACGUAGCAAGUAAGUAAUAUUUAAAAAAUAUUGUACGUUAAAAUAGUGCUAAUAACAUGAAAUCUGUAAUUAAUGUGGCAUUGUUGUCGUGGUAAUGGGUACUCAGUAAGCAACAUGAUGUGUCUGGUUGAAGGCUUCGGCCUUGGCUAGGUACCACUUUACCGACAAAGGCGUGCGGCUAAGCGAUUUGUUGUCCGGUACGAUGUCGCGUGGAAACCGACAAGGGUUAGGGUUUAAUAUAACAGUCCUUUUUUUAUUUACCUACUUCGUGGGGGAGAAAGUAGGUUACGAUGCAGUUUUAACCCUAAAACCCUCUAGUUGGCCGCCAUCAGCUCAUGGUGGAAGAUUCCAGGAUCUCUUACGAAAACACCUUGCACAACGCCUUUUGGGCACGUCCCAGGA